AGUCAGACAGCAGGCUUCAGCCCCGCUCAGACCCCGUGUUCGGGGAUGGGUGUCGCAGAUUGGCUGGCGGCGCUGUCAGUCAGAAGUGUCACCCCUGGUGGGCGGGGCUAACUCCAUUCCACAGUGGCUCACUCCGCGGAGCGGAGAGUGAACAUGAGGAGAGCGCGCGGAGCGGGGCGGACCGGACGCUCGGAGAGCAGCUGAAACCUGCGAGAAGCGGCUCGAGACAGCGGCGGAGACUCGGCCCGCGGAGAGGCGCUGAAGACUGGACAUCUGAGUUCUCUGUGGUCAGCCAGCACUCCUCUGUGGUCUCCCCAUGCCUCCAUCUCCUCUCGACGACAGAAUUGUGGUGGCGCUGCCAAGGCCUAUCCGACCUCAGGAACUUCAUCUCCGCCUGGACACCAGCUACCUGGAAGCCACCGUGGGUGCCGUCGCCAAGACGACGGUGAUCAGCAGCACCACCGUGGUGAAAAUCCAGGCGACCAACCUCACGUAUAUGCCCUCAUCCAGUGGCUCCACGCGCUCCUUGACGUGUGGAUGCAGCAGUGCCAGCUGUUGCACGGUGACCACGUACGAGAAGGACACUCAGACCCAUACCCCUGCGCUGAGCCAGGUUAGCACAAGCAGCCCCAACUUGAACUCCGCAGUCAGCUAUGGCGGGCACGCUGGCGUCUCCGUGCCCAUGGUGGGCCCCAGUGAAACCUACAGUGCCCCCAGCCUCACCGCCAGCCAACCCAAUGGAAGCGUGCGGGUCAUCCAUCCAAAUGAACUAGCACAGAAGAUGACGCACUGCCCCCUGGGCCAUCCAGUGGGGCCAGUGCCGGUGAUCAUCGACUGCAGGCCCUUUACAGACUUCAACAAGAGUCACAUCCGAGGCGCUGUUCACAUCAACUGUUCCGACAAGAUCAGCCGCCGGCGUCUCCAACAGGGCAAGAUCACUGUGCUGGACCUCAUCUCCUGCCGUCAGAGUAAAGACUCCUUCAGGGGCAUUUUUUCCAAAGAGAUAGUUGUUUACGACGAGAGCACGGUAGACCCGGGCCGGCUGUCACUUUCUCAACCCCUGCAUGUAGUCCUGGAGUCUCUGCGCAGGGAGGGAAAGGACCCAGUUGUUCUAAGAGGAGGCCUUAGCAGUUUCAGGCAAGGACAUGAGGAGCUAUGUGAGCACUCCCUCCAUCUACAGGAGGGGCAGGAUCCGGGGGCCGCUGUUGGAUUGUCGGGGGCACUACCUCAUUCUUUGCCCUCCACCCCUGACAUCGAGAAUGCAGAGAUAACACCCAUACUGCCCUUUCUGUUCCUGGGCAAUGAACAAGAUGCACAGGACCAUGAUCUAAUGCAGAGGUUAAACAUUGGCUACAUCCUUAAUGUCACCACUCAUCUCCCACUCUACCACUAUUCCCUUGGCCUUUUCAAGUAUAAGCGAUUACCCGCCACCGACAGCAACAAGCAGAAUCUGAGGCAGUACUUUGAAGAGGCUUUUGAGUUUAUAGAAGAGGCUCACCAGGCAGGCAGGGGGCUGCUUAUUCACUGCCAGGCCGGCGUGUCACGCUCUGCCACCAUUGUCAUUGCAUACCUGAUGAAACACACCUGGAUGACCAUGACAGACUCGUACAAGUUUGUCAAAACACGGCGGCCCAUCAUCUCACCCAACCUCAACUUCAUGGGCCAGCUCCUAGAGUUUGAGGAGGACCUUAAUAAUGGCAUCACUCCUCGUAUACUCACACCUAAGCUUAUAGGGGUGGAGACCAUCGUGUAGGAAGCCUUUUUGUGUUCUCCUGAGCAUUUUCCAGCUUAAGAUGGGUUCUGCAGAAUCUCACGGGUUUACCUGGUGAUAAGGCCUGGAUUCCAAAUCCGUGUGUCUUGCUUUUUUUCAAGAAAAGUUCAUUUUUAAGAGAAUUCCUUCAAGAAGGAUACAGAGAAUGUUGGCCAUUUGGAUUUUUUUUUUUGCGUGGAAAAUUGCUCACUUCUGUAGGGAAAACGUUUGAUAGUUGGAUUGAGUUCAGAGGGCAAGGUGUUUGUACGUGAGCAUGGACGUCAGCACAUGAAGGAAAAAGCAUGAACCUUCUUUUGACCCUAAACAUUUUUUGGCACGUUGUGCUCCACUCUGUGAUUGGAGAAAAACACUGUGCUAUGCCUAUACUGUGUCUAUCAGCUGCUGGUGCUGGACAGGUUCUAAGCAGAACCUGGCCUUUUGCUUGUCAAAAAAGAUGAAGACUUGUGUUGUUUUGUUCUAUUUUUAUACAGGGGUUGACCAUGAUGAGCCUUGACUGGCUUUACUGUGCAAUAAUUUCUGAGUGGAAUGCAAUGGGGCUUAAUAUGUAUAUAUAGGCGAUUGCAGAAUCCUUUGCAGCUGUGUAUUCAAUAUAUUUUUUUUUGCUUUGGUAAAAUCAUAAAAUCAUUGUUUAAUUUUAGUUUCGUUGACUGUGGUGCGAUAUUAGCAUGAACCUUUAUUAGAUUUUUAUUUUAUAUUUUUAAAAGCUAGUAAGGCUUUGGUUGUUUUUUUUUCUGUGUAUCAUACCAAAUUCUGUCAAAUGUAUAUGUUUUUGUGCCCAUCAUUAAGUCAUUUGAUACCUGUUUUUAGUGUCAAACAUACUGUGUACCCACAAAAUAAGUUUAUGUGCUAUGAAUUUUCAUGACACAUGAAAUAAUAUUUAAGUAAUUCUAGUAUAUCUUUGAGUGUGUGUGUGUGUGUGCAUGAGAGAGGAAGAACAUUUCAUGUAACAGUACUUUUUUUGUUUUUGCAUAAUCCUCUUUUCUUUAUGCUUCACUGACUUACUGUGUUUUAACAUGAGCCAAAUGAAAUGCUCUGACGUGAACUCAGACUAGAUACACAGCCUAAAAAAAGAGGCAAGAUAAUGCUUAACGGACAGUUUAAUACAGAAAUAGGAGCCAAUAAUUGAUGCAAAAUGUAAUUUUUGGCACUUCUCUCUAAGAGUAAGCUAAGCAAGCUUCUCCUCGCACAUACAAAUAUUACUGUGACCUACAGUAAUAACAGUGCCUCUACUGAUGCCUUAAUUCAUCAUACCACAUUUUCUACAAAUAACAGGAAGUCCCCAAAUUCUGUUUCCAGCGGGUGUAGCACCUUUUGCAUCUCUUCAGUGCUAUUGUGUUCAGUGUAUUAAAUUUCAAUUAGUCAAACAUUUAUUUAUUUUAUCACUAGGCACAUUAAAUCAUCUGAAAUGUAGUUUGUUUAGAAAUUUGUGAAAUGAAACCUUGGCCUUGUUUAAAAUAUUUAAAUACAAAGUGCACAAAAGAACACUAUAUUAUUUGUGAUGUGCAAACCUUUUCUCUCUAUGAAAGAGGGGGAUUUUAUGAAUAAUGCUUUUUCUAAAUUCAAGUACAUACAGACUCCCUCUCCUUAGUGACUGUGAUUUUCAGAAAAACAGAAAUGCUUUUGCAAUUUAUAUUUGUACUUACCACAUAUAUUUCACUUGGAUGCAAGAACUUCCAGUCCUACUGAAUGACUGUUCAAAUCUCAGAAAAGAUAAGUCAAAGAUUAAAUUUUAAAAGAUGCUAAGUAUACUUGAAAAUUUGUUUCAGCAUCACAGAUAUAUAACAAGCAACAUAAAUGAAAAGAUACAUUAGAAAAGAGUAAAAGUACAUCUGUGGGUCAAUGCCUAAACUAAUUAUAUCUAUAACCUAUAGUUAUUGAUUCACAAACCAGAUAGAGAGGGGGACAGAAGUAGAAACGGAAAGCGAGGCGAGGGGGUGAGGACCCUUUGGUGUUUCCUCCAUCAACCCAAAACAAUCUUAAUUGAAGCAGUUAUGCUUUUAUGCAAAUUAUAUAUAUAAAACUAGUGGGAUCAAAUAAAAUUGUAUAGAAUCUAUCAAUACGACUACGUCAGCAGUGUCCAGUCAUCAGCUUGUUGUCCACUCUGACCUUCUUGAUUCCUAAAAAAGUACAAACAGACUCCAGAUUUUACUUGGACAAAAGUCUUGUUGCUUACAAAACAGAAUAUAUGGUAGAAAUGAUACAAGCAUGCUACAAUAUCAUCAGAACAUAAAGCCAUGAUGUCUUAGGUAUACGAAUCCCAUGAACUUGGAGAACUGAAGCCAUACACCUCGGCAAUGAGUCAAAAAACGUGUUGAAGAAUUUUCAUCUGGAAUGGCAAAUAAAGCAGUUCAUCAAGAUUCGUUAGUUUUAUCUUCCAAGCCUCCUCCUUCAUCUUACUUUAGACAAUAAAAAUUUAGCUCAAUAAUGUUCAUUUCUGUUGAAUGGGUUGGCCAAUGCUGGAGCACCUUGACCUUCUUUGCUUUAGGAAUUUUGAUAUGGAGGCUGAAGUACGAAAAGGAUUGCCAUUUUUUUGAUAUGAGGUCUUAUGGGGUCUUCAUGAUCUGGGCUUUUCAUGAACAUCACCAGUUUCUUCAAAUAUUUUUCUUACACUCUCCACUUGAUGUUUGGAUACAUUACAUAUCUUCAUGCUCUUGAUGAUCAGCACUUUGAUCUGUGUUUGGAUAUUUGGAAUGAUAUUAAUGGUCAGGUUGCACUUCACAUUAAGGUGUGGUGUACUGGGUUUCUUUUUAUUCACAUCUAGGAAUGUGUUAAUUACAAUUUGUUACAGGUGAAGCUCUAAUCUGUGAUUAUUUAAAUCAUUUAAAGAUCUGACAAGACUUGUGUCCUUGCAAAAACAGAUGUUAAAUGGCUUUAACAAGCUGUGAACAUCAGGACACUUUUGACAUUUUUAUUUUGCACCCAGUUAUUAAUGUGAAAGCCCUUGACAAUAAACAACUACUAUAACAAUUAAUUGAUUUUAAGUUACAUGCUAUAAAAUGUACCAUGUCCUUAUAAGGUAAGACUUUUGUCAAUGACUGUGUAUGCUGUACAUAUACAGACUGUAUUACUUUUGUUUCUCUAAAUACAUUAUUAUCCUCCUUUCAUCCUGUUCUUCAAUGGUCAGAACCCCACACAACCACCACAGAGCAGCUAAUGUUAGGGUGGUGGGUCAUUCCUAGCACUGCAGUGACAGUGAGAUGGUGGUGUUUUGUUAGUGUGUAUGUUCUGUUAUGAGUGGGUCAGACACAGCAGUGAUGCUGGAGUUUUUAAACACUUCAGUGUCACUGCUGGACCACUUACCAGAAAUAUUCAGCCAAUAGAGUCUUGUGGCCAGAGCCUCCUGGGCACCGAUGAAGGACUAGAGGACUUUACAUCUGUAAGGUGGAGCAGCUGGGAGUAAUAAAGUGGGCAGUGAGUGGACACAGUGUUUAAAAUCUCCAGCAGCACUGCUGAGGUGGUCUUAUUGGGGUUCUGACCAUUGAAGAACAGAGUGAAAGGAGGAUAAUAAAGUAUUCAGAGAAGCACAAGGACGGCAGUCUGUCAUUAUAUAACUACAAAGUGUCCUGUAUGCUCAGUGUUGCUGAUAAGACAGGAAGUCUAGGACAAAAAAGGUGGUCAUAAUCUUCUGAUGGGACAGUGUAAAUGUUUAAUACUAAAGACUGCUAUUGUGUUUAAUCUAAAAUAUUUUAAACUAAUAACCCAAAAUGAGAAACAGUUGGAACAGUUUGAAGAAUGCUAGUAAAAUAAUGAGAAAAUGCAGUGUUUUUUUAUUUUAUUUUAAGCAGUAUGUAGCAGUAUGAUCCCAAGAUAUUUAAUGUUUUUUGGUCACAUUCAUUUUAUUUGUUAAUAUCCAUUCCUGUAUCAAGAACCGCUGAUAGAGACAAGAGCACUACAAUGCAGAUUUAUUUUCACGAGUGCUACCUAAAGUGUCACUGUGCAUUAAUACAGAAGCCCCACGUUAAUCAUGUCCAGUAGCAGUGUCAACCUCUUUGGGCUCAGAGGCGUCUGAGACUGACUAUCACCCAGUAAAGCUUGUAUUGUGGUCAGGCAAAUCAGUAUUCCAGUAUUUUGGAAGAACUAGAUGCAGAAUAAAAGUGUGCUCUGGACCAGACUGUAUCUACAAGUCCAAAACCCAGAGUCUGUCAUGGUACACUGUCUGUGAUACAGCAUUAUGCCUGCAGUUUAAAACAGCAGAUUUUUUAAAUGAAACAUGUGACUAAGAUGUGUAAUGGAUGUAUAUUAAUAAAUUAAAUGAAAAUGACCAGAUUAAACAAGAAACAUCUUUGGUUUAUUCUAUCUGGAAUGAAAUAAAAGUCAAUGGAAGAUAACCUUAAUUUUUGUAUUUGCAUUUUCCAUACUGUUCCAUCAUUACGUUACAUCAUUAUUAAAUGUUCAUGUGUUGAAGUGAAUCAGUUGUAGCUGAGAAGAGAAACACUGCAGUGUAGAAUGAAUUUUAGACUCGUGUUUGGGGGAAAUUCCCUUUUUCUUAAAAAAGAGACAUUUAUCAAAAAUACCAGAAAAUAUUACAGAAAAUUCAAUUCUCACCAGAGGAAGAUUCACAACUGCACAAAAUUCUAAUAUGUAAUUUUGUCCUAAUGAUGGGUAUACUAAAUAUAUUAAUCAAAUAUAGGACUUUGAGUGUAGAAUUUUUUUACAAUAAAAAAAACUUUCCAAUUGAAUGUUUUUUCAUACUUUGGUUUAAAUUUAACUUUUAAACUCUGACUAAAACCGCUCUUUCUCUUCCAAAAGUUUAACAUUUUAUUAAAAACUACUAUAAGUGAUCAUAACUAGGUAUCUGGUAGUAGGAGAAAGAAAAUAGGGCUUAUACUAUGCAUGCACCCAUUCUCAGAAGACCAAACUGUUUAUUUUUUCUGAUGCUUAUUAUAAAGGGUUGUGUCAGCAUGGCCAACCAAAUCUGUGCUUUAUAUACUUAAGGUGGGAUUUUACUCAUUGCAUAAAAUGUAAGAAAUGGAAUUGAAUGAUGUGAAACAUAAAUAUGUAAAUUGUCACACCCCUACAUAGUACUACACUGUUGUUAAGCAAGGGACAUGCUAGUCGUAGGGCUAUGAUGAAUGCAUUGUGUAUACAGUGAUGGACAGGAAUGAUUUGUUUGAUACAGAAAAGCACUGUAAUUUAUUUUGUUGUAAUUUUCAUUUCUUGAAAUGAUAUUUUACCUUCCUUCUGAGAUUAUGUGUUAUUAUUAAAGUUAAUAGUAGAUAUAUGCAAAGCACAUUAAUUAUGUUACAGCUUCUGGGCUUUUCUGUAGGCUGACACAGUGUUAGUGUUAACCUACACUCUGUUUUGUUGUCAGCUUCUUUAUAUACUUUAUAUUACAUAAUUUAAUUACCAAAAGAACAAACUAUAUUUGUCAUGUUCAUCACACAUGUGAGUACUAUAGUAGUGUGCCUGUUGUCAGAUGUAUUAGAUACAGUAUCUAUUUACCAGUUUCUGUCUAUGCAUUUGCUUAUACCUUUGGUCGUCUUUCAUGCAUACUUUUGCACUGACUCACAAAAAGCAGUAAAAGCAGCUGCGUUUAUUUUUCAUCAAACAAAGGUGCUAUUAUAAUGGAGGCCUUCCACACCUUUUUGCAUGAUCUGCUCUGGUACAACAGUUACCUUUUCCAUUUAUCCAAGCUUGUUCCCUGAAUAUAAUGAAUAAAACACUGUAAUUUUCUAUUUUGGAAAUAAACAACCUAAAAUGAA